CCGCACACACGCCUGCCUCUGGGAGGGAAAUAGCCAGGUGGAAUCUCACUCUGUUUCCAUGGACAACCCGUCCAUUAUCACCCAGGUGACUAACCCCAAAGAGGAGGAGAUCCUGUCCUGCACUCAGGAUAAAGUGUCCCAAUGUAAUAUCAGCCUGAAGAAGCAAAGGAGUCGAAGUAUCUUUAGCACCUUAUUCUGCUGCUUUCGUGACUACAAUGUCGAACCACCAUCUACCAACAGCACCAGUGCUCUGCCUCCUUUGGUGGAGGAGAAUGGAGGACUUCAGAAGGGUGACCAGAUGCAGGUCAUGCCUAUACCAAGUGGAAUAUACUAUUUCCACGGGACUGAAGCAGUGCAGCAGUCGUUUCACUACAAGCCACCAGCUAAAUACCUCCUGCCAGAACUGACAGCAUCAGACUAUGGGAAGAAGUGUGUGGUCAUUGAUUUAGAUGAAACUUUAGUGCACAGUUCAUUUAAGCCAAUUAGCAAUGCUGAUUUCAUCGUUCCUGUUGAAAUUGAUGGAACCAUACAUCAGGUUUAUGUAUUGAAACGACCACAUGUGGAUGAGUUUCUUCAGAGGAUGGGAGAGCUCUUUGAAUGUGUACUCUUCACAGCCAGUCUAGCCAAGUAUGCAGACCCAGUAGCCGACUUACUGGAUCGCUGGGGUGUGUUCAGGGCAAGGCUCUUUAGAGAAUCCUGUGUUUUCCACCGAGGAAAUUAUGUGAAGGAUCUGAGUCGACUGGGACGUGAGCUGAGUAAAGUUAUUAUAGUAGAUAAUUCUCCUGCAUCUUACAUCUUCCAUCCUGAAAAUGCAGUGCCUGUGCAGUCCUGGUUUGAUGACAUGACAGACACAGAGCUGCUAGAUCUUAUUCCUUUCUUUGAAGGACUAAGCAAAGAGGAAGAAGUUUACAGUAUGCUUCAUAAACUCUGCAACAGGUAGCCCUUAACUUUGACUGACUUCUGCUACUAGAUUGCAGUUGCUAGAGGCUGUCUCCAUCUUUUUCAGCUCCUUCAAAUGUAAGCUUUGGGGAGGUCACCCCUGUCAGAAGUGCUACUCUUGAUCUUCCUGUUACAUUGGACACGAAGGACAAUCAUGAGUGAUGCUCUUAAGCCUUCAGAAGCCUGACUCCUAAGGUCAUGUGUUCAGACUACUUUUUUAAAGGAAAAAAAAAAAAAGAAGCUAUUUUAAAUGGGACUCUUUUAGUGAAUUUCAUAAAUGGACAUCUUUUACUGGAUCAGCUUUUCUUAAAACAUGCCAAAAAAAAGAAGCUUGUAUUUCAGCAGUUGAAUUUCUCUCCCUUUCUUCCCCUCCCACUAUGCAGACAAUUUUACCCCCCUGCUUAGAGCAGUUGACCUGACUCUGAAUUUUUUCUUACAGAAUGAAGUGCCUUUUUGAAUGUUAUUUUAAGAUAAAAAUUCAUUUUUGUAUAAGACGUAUUUCCAGACAUCUUUUAGUCUUGUAUUGUCUAAAUGCUUUAAAAGGAAAAAGGAAAAAUUUUAUAGAGCACUGUAAUAUAUAACAAGGAAAAAGUUGAAACAAAGAUGCUGAGUUCCUGUCUCCACAGUGACAUUAAGUUGUUUUACGUUUUGUCAUGCUCAGAAGGUUCAAGCGUUCGUGGGAGGGGUGAAUUGCGUUAAUUAUGCGGUUGUUUCGCUGAUGAUGAUUUUGGGCACAGUUUUGAACAUAUCUGCAGUUGUUUGAGUGUUAGGGAAUGAUGGAAUUGAGAAAACAAGGUGGCUAGUAGACCUAAAGCACCUUUUCUUCUAGGCAGAUGAAGUUCUGUUGUCUCUGCUUACGCACAACUGCCAUGCCUCUCGUUUUAUGGAAAACCAUUAUCUUGGGAGAAUGGGGCGGAGAUCUAUUUAUUAGUUUGAGAUUCUUUUCUUAAAACAACCCAUCUGGGUAAGCUGGAGCUGUAUGGAGCUGUUUGGAGUACUUUUUUCUUUUAAUUGCUGCUACUGUUUACUCACCAAAUGGAGUUGACCAUCGGCUGUUAUACUGUUUUUGCCACUGUGCCUGUGCUAUGAAACAUUUUCUGUAAGCUGCAAACUUGGGCAAUAAAUAAGAUGCAGGCUUCAUUUCCCACCCCCAUGGAUGAAUCCAGUGGUAUCUGAUAUACCAGAGGACUCAGCUAAAGGUGACCUGUAAAGGAUAUUUUUUUAAUUUUUUUUCCAAUUGGGAUGAAGCCCUCUCCUUCCUUUGAUGUCUGUGAAUACAAAAAGUAUUUUGCCUGCAUCUCUGAUUUGUAUUUUUUUUUCCCCAAGGUGUAAGGUACAGAUUAGGAGCUGUAUCAAGUCUUGCUAGAAGGGCAGAAGUUACUAGCCUAGACUAAAGUCAGUCCUCUGGCUUUGGAGUUGAGGUCUCUGAAUCUGAGAACCUGCUUAACAUCUUCUGCAGUGUCACAGGUGCCCUUUCAGAUGAAUAACUUCUAAAUAUUUUAAGCCUUUGAAGAACAAGGCACCUUGUCUUUUUUUUUUCCCUUUCCAGUGUCACCUUUUAAUUAUUCUCCACACCAGAAAUCUGCCAACAUAAAAAGUGCAGCUGUAUUUGGCUGUCAUCAGAGAAGACUAAAUGGAGUAUUUGGUGCUUCUAAUUAGCCUCGUGCUAAAUUCUGAAUUGUAGAUCCCCUUUGCCUUUUCUAUUGUUCUCGAAAAGUCUUGAUGACUUGG